UUCAGUGUCUUAACUCAGGCCUGUUAUUUCGCAAUCAGAAAUUGAUAAAUCCGAGACACUGGCAGUUGAUGGUUUGCACGAGUAGUGUCUCCCCAAAAAUCGCGAUGUGCACUAGUAAACAAUAAUUAGUAAAUAAUAAUAAAAUAAUUGAAGUAUUGUGGACUCACCGCACGCCGUACCUCGACCUCCAAAAUCUCUGGAUCACGAAUUUUCUCAUUACGUGUGACUAGUUGUCACUCAUUAUUUUUACAACAGUCUCUCUCUCUGAUUACUGAUAAAUAGAGUCAUGUCGCACACGCGAAAUUUGAAGCGAGCUGUCACUGGAGGACAGUCAAUGGGCAAAUGGAAGAGUGGGGUCCGGGGUAUUGCUGGUACGGCAUCAGGUCGAAACAUCGGAAUGACAAGACUAGUACAACCAGUGACCGGCAUAACAGUCAAUCGUCGCACCAUGUCUGGAUCAGCUGGAAAAACUCUCACUCUUGACAAUGUUUACUCCAAUUUACGGCGUAUGGAGUACGCUGUCAGAGGACCAUUACUUCUCAGAGCACUUGAGAUUGAGAAGGAGCUCGAGAAGGGUGCAAAGAAGCCAUUCAAGGAAGUCAUCAAAGCGAACAUCGGAGAUGCCCACGCAAUGGGUCAGAGACCCAUAAAAUUCCUGCGCCAAGUACUCACUUUGACCGUCUCCCCAGAGCUUCUGGAUGAUCCCAACUACCCAGAAGAUGCAAAACAACGUGCACGAGAGCUCCUCGAGGGUUGCAAGGGUGGAAGUGUUGGGUCUUACUCAGAAUCCGCUGGAAUCGAGGUAAUCAGAAGACACGUGGCCCGAUACAUUCAGGAACGUGAUGGUAUACCAGCUGAUUACAAGAAUAUCGUUUUAUCGAAUGGCGCAUCAGACGGAAUUAAGACGUUCUUAAAGCUCUUCAACGAAGAGGUGAAUGGAAAACCCUCAGGGGUGAUGAUUCCCAUCCCCCAGUAUCCCCUGUACUCCGCAGCUCUCGCUGAAUUCGGUUUAUCUCAGAUUGGUUACUACCUGAACGAGCCCAACAAAUGGGCCUUAGACAUAAGCGAACUGGAGAGGGCGUACAACGAGGCGAAGAAAACCUGCAAUCCUCGUGUUAUCGUGGUGAUCAAUCCAGGGAAUCCAACAGGUCAAGUUCUGACUCGUGCCAACAUCGAGGAAAUCGUUAAAUUCGCCCACAAGAACCACCUGUUCAUUCUGGCUGAUGAGGUAUACCAGGACAAUGUCUACGAUAAAGACAGUUCCUUCCAUGCUUUUAAGAAGGUCAUAAUGGAGAUGGGAGAUCCUUACUCUAAACUGGAACUGGCGUCUUUCAUGUCGAUAUCCAAAGGCUACAUGGGGGAGUGUGGAAUUCGUGGUGGGUACGCCGAAUACGUCAAUAUGGAUCCCCAGGUGAUGGCUGUUCUCUCGAAAGCCAUCUCUGCUAUGCUCUGUCCAACUGUUCUUGGUCAGGUGGUGAUGGACGUUGUGGUUCAUCCUCCGAGGCCGAAUGAGCCCUCGUACAAGGAAUUCAUUGAGCAGAAGACAGCUGUUCUCAAGUCCCUGGCUGAGAGGUCGAGACUUGUCGUCGACACCCUCAACACAAUCCCUGGGUAUCACUGUAAUCCCUCCAUGGGGGCUAUGUACGUAUUUCCAAGGAUUGAUCUACCUAAGAAAGUCAUCGAGGCUGCCAAGGCCGAGGGAAAGGCACCUGAUGCUUUCUAUGCGUUCAAAUUACUCGAGACUACUGGAAUUUGUGUUAUCCCUGGCUCUGGCUUUGGACAAAAACCUGGAACUUAUCACUUCAGGACCACCAUCUUACCACAGGUUGAUAAGAUUAAGACCAUGCUCAGUAGUAUUAAAGAUUUUCAUAUAAAGUUCUUGAAAGAGUACAGUUAGGGCCUCUGAGAUUUUUUUCUCUGGAGAAUUUCUUGGUAAAUUGGAAAUUCUUCAGUAAGUGAUGGAAGUUUGAGACAGGCGUUUCCCUGAAAUUUAUCGCUUCACCGUUGAUAUCAUCUGCCAUUUAUUUGUUUAUUAUAUUAGAAUUCAUUUAGCUUAUGGUUUUGUAGGUAUUCUACGCUUGUAAAUGUUGGAGAUUUUGAAUCCCGUUUAUUUGUACAUAGCUUGUAUUAUCGUUCGAUGGAAUUCAAUUGUGAAAAAAGAGAACAAUAACAAUAAUUUUAAUAUUAAUUAAUGGAUUGAAUAAAGAGACGUUAAUCAAUUUCGAUGAA